UUGUGUAAGCUGUCUCCAUAGCUCUCCCCCAUAAUGCUAAGGAAUAAUGUAGGUAACAGUUCAGGCUCUAGAAAUGAAGAUGGCUCUGUCUUUUCACAAACUGAACACAACAUUGUUGCUACUUACUUGAUUACAGCAGGUGUGAUAAGUAUUCUCAGCAACCUCAUAGUUCUCGGUAUAUUCAUUAAGUACAAGGAACUUCGGACUCCCACAAACGCAAUCAUCAUUAACCUGGCUCUGACAGACAUAGGGGUGAGCAGCAUAGGCUACCCCAUGUCUGCUGCUUCAGAUCUGUAUGGAAGAUGGAAAUUUGGAUAUGCAGGCUGUCAGAUUUAUGCUGGAUUGAACAUCUUUUUCGGAAUGGCAAGCAUUGGCUUACUCACAGUUGUAGCUAUAGAUCGAUACCUGACCAUCUGUCAUCCUGACAUAGGAAGAGGCAUGACCACCAGGACUUACGUCACCAUGAUUCUGGGGGCCUGGAUCAAUGGUCUGUUCUGGGCUUUGAUGCCCAUCAUAGGAUGGGCCAGUUAUGCUCCAGAUCCUACCGGGGCUACCUGUACCAUAAACUGGAGGAAAAAUGAUACAUCUUUCGUGUCAUACACCAUGACAGUUAUUGUGAUAAAUUUUAUUGUGCCCUUGACAGUGAUGUUUUACUGCUAUUAUCACGUGACCCAAUCCAUUAAAUACCAUGCUACUAGUAAAUGCACUGUGAUCCUCAGUGGAGACUGGUCAGAUCAGGUAGAUGUAACAAAGAUGUCCGUGGUAAUGAUCUUGAUGUUUCUGGUGGCAUGGUCCCCUUAUUCCAUUGUGUGCUUAUGGGCUUCCUUUGGGGACCCAAAAGAGAUUCCUCCUCCAAUGGCAAUCAUAGCUCCACUGUUUGCAAAAUCUUCAACGUUCUACAACCCCUGUAUUUAUGUGGUUGCAAAUAAAAAGUUUCGGAGGGCAAUGUUAGCCAUGUUAAAAUGCCAGACUCACCAAGCAAUGCCUGUGACAAGUAUUUUACCAAUGGAUGUGUCUCAAAACCCACUGGCUUCUGGAAGAAUCUGAAAGAAGUGAAAAGCACUAUCAAAUCA